UAUUGAUUCAUUUUCUUUUUUACCAAAAGUUUUUUGUAUUGAUUGUAAAUAAUUUAAAAUAAAUUUUAAUUUCCACUUUCUCUUUAGACAAAUCUCAUACAUGCUCUAAAGUAUUAGAUUUUGCGCUUAGUUGUUUGAAAAAGGAUGAAUAUUAUACAUGUUGUUUUGUCUCAUGGGUUCCGUCAUUGACAAAUCAUCCAGUCUCCCACCAGGCUGCGUUCUCUUUACCAGAUGUUUCGUCUCUGCCAUUUCGCUGGAUCUACCAUGUCUGGCCAUCCGGGUUCGUAGUCUAUCCCUUCAAUUCGCAACUCAUGUCUAUCCCUCUUGCUACUUUGCAAUCCUACCUAGUUUUCUCCGCUCCAAAUGUAACUAAUAUUGUCACAACCAAAUUAUCUACACAAUUAAAUGUUUUUUGGUUCCUCAUGAUUUAUCGGGGGUUGCUGAUGGCUCGUUACCAGUACCGUCGUUAUAUGUUAUUAAUGCAUCUCGACACCAAGUUUUAAAUAUGGAUUACACUUGAAUAUUCGUCGCGUACUCUUUCAAGAGAUAUUCUUGUCGAUGUUCAUGAUAUGAAGUUUUUGUUCAAAUUUGGGAACAUCUCCAAGCCCGGUUUAUGUAUGCUGGUCUUGGUCGUUAAUGGAGCUCAAACGCAUGUUAUCUCAUGUGAAGAAACAAGAGUCAAACUAUGGAACAGUAUUUACGACAAAACAAAGUGAUCACCGACGCACUUGCCACCGGCAAGGGCAGCCCCAUCUGGGCAACAACACGACCAAUCUAAUGGUGGCCGAAGACAGUGUGGAUCCCACGGCAGGGGUGGCCGCAGUUGUGGCCGAGGCCACAGUUUUUAUGGACAACGGGCUCCUACUUUUUAUCGUGCACCAGGGGUUCAUCUUGGAGGACAUAUUCAUGGGAACUCAGUGUGUAAUCGAGGUCAGAUGAUGUUGUUCAAUAGAAUCCGGUC